AUGAUUCCAGCGUGCGAUACCCUGAGGAUCCUUCAUUUGCCUCCACAACUUUCUGACGACCGGCGUGAUGAGUUACUGCAGAAAUAUGGCGCGAUCAAGACCAGAACGUUACGAUCGUCCGGCAAGUACACCAUCACCUUUGCUAAAUUCCCGUCCCAACAAUUGGCGGCAGAAGCACUGUUGCGUUUGCAUCAGUUAAAUGUCAGAGGGCAAUAUUUAUCUGUUGAAUAUGCCAAGAGUUCUGUGCCCGCUGAACUGUCACAGCAAGGUAUUGAGCACAAAGCACCGGCAAGUGACGAUGCGAAAAUGGAAACAGUUAGCAAGUCUCACGUCCAAGCAUUCUUGCGGAAAUUGAACAACUGGACGAUGAAUCAUGAUUUCACUCAACCACCUCCACCAAAUAUAAGAUACAAAUACAUGAUGCCAACGAGAGAUACCUUAAUAAGGAUAGCCAUACAGUUGUUAACUCAACCAGCUUUUUAUACACAGGUGUUGCACUUGAUGAAUAAAAUGAAUCUACCUCCUCCCUUUGAAGAGUUGGAAAUGGAAUUUCCUAUGCUCAGGGAGGUAUACAAUAUGGAGAAAUAUAAAGAUAUAUUCCAUGAUCGCGUGAACGAAGAGGAAAUGGAGGAGGAGGAAUCCGAGUUAGAAUCGGAUGGAGAGGAUAAUAUUCGACCUCUAGAAGUUAUACCUGUUAAAAGAAAACGGCCGCAAUCCACGAAACGUCUGAAAAUUCCAAAAUUUGUCAACCCCGCCAAAAAUAUCGUGAUCCCCUCGUCCACACAGAAAGUGCUCAAACCGGAAGACAUGUUCGAAUCUGUUCAGCGUGGGGAGACUAAAAAUCUCAAGAUCGAAUUAAAAACUCUAGACAAGCCGUUAGAAGCAACGACGUCCGCUAUUCAAGAUAGCACCGUGACCGUAGAUGGCGGAUUUGGUUUAAUAUUCCCAGUCAAUAAGACUACCGAGGACGCAAAGAACUGCGAAGAGAAUGCGGAAACUCCAAAAAAUAAGUUUAUAACUUCCGAGGAAUUGACUAACAAGAUUUCCGCUAACGAUCAGAGAUUGCUUCCUGUGUUCAAAAAUUAUCACCCAGGCAAACCUUCCAAUCGCCUCUACAUAAAAAAUCUCGCAAAGCAAGUGGAAAUGAAGGAUCUACACUAUAUUUAUCAAAGAUACGUUAUUACUGGAUUGAAAGAUGCCGAGAAUGAAUACGAUGUGCGUCUUAUGCAAGAGGGCAGAAUGAAAGGACAAGCCUUUGUCACUUUGCAAAAUGUCGUACAGGCAAAAAUGGCUCUCGAGGAAACUAACGGGUAUAUUUUAAAAGACAAACCUAUAGUUGUGCAAUUUGCCAAAGGCGCUAAAAGUUGAAGCAGACUAUUCCUGCUUUUAUAUAUAAUUUAAUCUUUAUUUCGAUUAUUUAUUUUUUAUCGCAAACUAUUGAAUCAAUAAUUUUAUUUAAAGAAAUACUUUGUUGAAAUAAAUAAACAAAAGUUCUUGCAAA